UUCAACUACUAAACUACUCCGUACUUCUUGACAAUACUUAUCUGUGGAAUUGAUGGGCGAGACAGGCAUCGAUUGAUUCCUCCUCAACUUCUUCACCCCCCUCUCAUUCUCGUCUGCCAGGAGCUGGCUCUUUCCUCGUCCCUCGGUAACCUUCUCUGUCGUUUGCUCAUCCGCGCGCCGCUGUGCGGAUCCUUUACAUGAUGCGCUGGUGUCUUUCCUUCUUCCUCUUCGGCUUUCUCGCCGUUGUGAAUGCGCUCAGUAGCUCCGGGAACCGUCUCCUCGUCGUCUUGGAGGAUGCCUCCGAGCAGAGUAACUAUUCUACGUUCUGGGAGGAUCUAAAAGCUCGCGGAUAUGACAUCGCCUUUGAAUCUCCUAAGAAUGACAAGCUCUCCCUCUUCGAGCUUGGCGAGAGAGCUUAUGACCAUCUCCUUCUUCUUCCUCCGAAGUCCAAGGGAUUUGGACCUUCUCUGAGCCCCAAGAACAUCGUCGACUUCCUAAACAAGGACGGCAACGUCCUCCUCGCUCUUUCCGGCAAGUCCACCACGCCUAGCGCCAUCAGCUCGCUUCUUUUGGAGCUUGACCUUCAUUUGUCGACGGAUCGCUCGUCAAUUGUCGUUGAUCACUUCAACUAUGAUACCAUCUCCGCCGCUGAGAAGCACGAUGUUCUGCUUCUGCAGCGCCCCGGCCAGCUGAGACCCGACACCAAGUCGUAUUUCGACGGCGAAGGUGUCCUGGCGCUUCCUCGGGUUGCGCCUCACACUCUCGGCGACAACAUCCUUAUUGCGCCUAUUCUGCGUGCUCCGGCCACUGCUUAUAGCUACAACCCUAAGGAGGAGAACGCCGCGAUCGAGGACAUCGCGGCUACCGGCUCCCAGCUUGCUCUAGUCUCAACCCUGCAGACUCGCAGCUCCUCUCGCUUCACCCUACUUGGCUCCGUGGAGAGUCUACAGGACAAGUGGUUCACCGCCACCGUCAAGGCCCCCGGCAGUGGCAAGGAGACCACCACGGUCAACCAGGAAUUUGCUAAGCAGCUGACUGCUUGGACCUUCAAAGAGACUGGUGUCCUCAAGGUCGGAAAGAUUGAGCACCAUCUCGCCCAGGACGAAAUUACCGCCCAGGACUUAAACCCUACCAUUUACCGGGUCAAGAACGAGACUGUCUUUAGCAUCGAAGUCUCUGAGUACAGCUACGACAAGUUCGUGCCUUUUGAGUUGCCCGCCGACGAUGCCCUUCAGCUCGAGUUCACCAUGCUCUCCCCCUUCCACCGCCUGAAGCUGAAACCUGCCUACCACACCGAGAACAGCACCGUUUUCCGCACCCAGUUCACCGUUCCCGAUCAGCACGGCAUCUUCUCGUUCCGUGUGAACUACAAGCGUCCGUUCCUCACCAAUAUUGAGGAGAAGCACGAGGUGACGGUGCGCCACUUUGCCCACAAUGAGUUCGCCCGCAGCUGGAAGAUCAGCGGGGCUUGGGUCUGGAUUGCCGGGCUGUGGUCUGUCAUCGGGGGCUUCAUGGCCUUUGUGGCCGUGUGGCUUUACUCAGAGCCUACCUCCGCCAAGGUUAAGAAGAACCAGUGAUUGUAUUUUAUCUAGAUGUCCAGUCAAUGACAGUUUCCG